AUGGAUGUGGCCAACAACACUACCUCCCCAGAGCGCUCCCCCGAGGGGGCAGGCGGCCCCGGCCUCGCCGAGGUGACCCUGGGCUACCAGCUGCUCACCUCCCUGCUCCUGGGCACGCUCAUCCUGUGCGCCGUGAGCGGCAACGCCUGCGUGAUCGCGGCCAUCGCCCUGGAGCGCUCCCUGCAAACCGUAGCCAACUAUCUCAUCGGCUCGCUGGCCGUCACCGACCUCAUGGUGUCCGUGCUGGUCCUGCCCAUGGCGGCCCUCUACCAGGUGCUGAACAAGUGGACGCUGGGACAAGUCACCUGCGACAUCUUCAUCUCGCUGGACGUGCUGUGCUGCACCUCUUCCAUCCUGCACCUGUGCGCCAUCGCCUUGGACAGGUACUGGGCCAUCACGGACCCCAUCGACUAUGUCAACAAGAGGACUCCCCGGCGGGCCGCCGUGCUUAUCAGCCUGACCUGGCUCAUCGGCUUCUUGAUAUCCAUCCCGCCCAUGCUGGGCUGGAGGACGCCCGAGGACCGCUCGGACCCCGACGCCUGCACCAUCAGCAAGGACCACGGGUACACCAUCUACUCCACCUUCGGCGCCUUCUACAUCCCGCUCCUCCUCAUGCUGGUGCUCUACGGCCGCAUCUUCAAGGCGGCCCGCUUCAGGAUCCGCAAGACCGUCAAGAAAGCGGAGAAGAAGAAAAUUGCCGACACCUGCCUCACCCUCUCCCCGGCCGCCCUGCAGAAGAAAAGCAACGGGGAGCCCGGCAAGGGCUGGCGGCGGACUGUGGAGCCCAAGCCCGCUGCCUGUGUCAACGGCGCGGUGCGGCAGGGCGAGGACGGGGCCGCCCUGGAGAUCAUCGAGGUCCAGCGCUGCAACAGCUCCUCCAAGACUCACCUGCCGCUGCCCAGCGAGGCGUGCGGCUCCCCGCCGCCCCCCUCCUUCGAGAGGCGCAACGAGAAGAACACGGAAGCCAAGCGGAGGAUGGCUCUGUCCCGGGAGAGGAAGACUGUCAAGACCCUGGGCAUCAUUAUGGGCACCUUCAUCCUCUGCUGGCUACCGUUCUUCAUCGUGGCGCUGGUCCUGCCCUUUUGUGACAGUAAGUGCUACAUGCCCGAGUGGCUGGGGGCAGUCAUCAACUGGCUUGGCUACUCCAACUCCCUCCUCAACCCCAUCAUCUAUGCCUAUUUCAACAAAGACUUCCAAAGUGCUUUUAAGAAAAUUAUCAAGUGCAAAUUUUGCAGGCAGUGA